AUGGCCAACGACGUGGUCAACAGCGACCUGGCUCCCUACAUCGUCGGCACGACCAUCAGCGGCACAACCGGGUCUUGCAAGUCAUCAGGUGCUGCCUCCGAUUCCAAAUGCGGCAGGAGGGGUGGCAGCAGCGUCAGGGUCUGCUGCUGCGUGCCCCAGGGGGGCAUCGUGGAUGAUCCCCACGUUCACACUUUGAGGAACGAGUUCUACACGGUCCUGAAGAGCGGGAACUUUUUGGCAUGGAGCUUUUCCAAGGCGCCCGUGGAUUGGCGGCUUUAUGCUGCCUACUCAGGUGCCAAGUUCACCACUCAGGCCUUGUUGCUGGUGGAAUCGCAGAGCGGGCAGACCUUGGAGUUCACGACAGACGCCUGCACCUGGCAGAUGAAAACGGAGAACGGAUGGCGCCCGGUACAGCCACAG